GCAGUCAGGAGACUGGAUCCAUAUCAGAGGAAGACUUGUGUAGACCUGACUCACCCGAAAAGGACGCAAACAUGGUUGGCAAAUUAUUAAUGGUUUUAUCGGUUUUAGCUGUGGAUUUAUCCCCAUGUUUCGGUCAAUAUGGAGGUGGCGAGAUGAUGGGUGGAGCAAUAGGGGAGAUGAUGGCUGGUGGUGGAAUGGCAGGACUUGGUGCCAUGAUGGGCGGUGGGGGAAUGGCAGGACUUGGUGGCAUGAUGGGCGGUGGGGGAAGCAUGGGUGGUAUGGGAACUGGUAUUGGUGCGAUGGUACGACAACGUGCUAUGGCAAAUGCAGUGAAUAUGGUAACGGAGGCUGUCCAUUUUAUUGUGGGCCCACAAGCCAGCCCGGAUCAACCACUUCUAGAUUAUGUAAAGACUCAGACAUCUCCGCCACGUAAUAUGAUGCAAAUGAUGGGAUAUCUUCCUCAUAUGCAAAGGAUAGCACGCAAAUUAUAUGGGCCCUGGUUAGCUGCGUCCGCUUCAUCAACUAAAGCUACUGCAAAUCAGGGAACAGGUAAUGCAACAAACGCUGCACCAGCGGGUAAAUCUCUUGUACAGUUACAGGCAGAUCUUGACACCAUUGUCAUGCAGAGAGCUAUUGAAUAUAUGAACAGGCCACAAACACAACAAGCAGCCGCCGGUGCCGGUGCAGGAGCAAUGGGAGCAAUAUCGGCGAUGAUUCCAAUGAUGGUACAAGGGAUCACAGCGCAAUAUAUGUGAUAAAACUACAGCUUGUUCGGAUGUUUAAUUAAGACAAGACCUUUAAAUGUUGUAAGAAUUGAUAACCGAUAUUUUAUGAAAACCGGCGGCUUCCUUAUUGUGCACACAUUUGUUGAGAAGUCGGCACCAGAGACAAUCAUUUCUACAGAAGUUAUUACUAUAAUGUUCAAAGUUACCCAAACAUGGUUUAAAUCUAAUCUGGGCUCAAGUGUUUUGCAUACCUAGAUUUCCCUUAUGUCGACAUGUAUAUUGUUUUUUUUUUGUAAUAAUUAUAUGCUGUUAUAAACAAAUUAAGACAA